UUUCCACAUUUUCAAAUUUUCGCUGCACGCUCUCAAUCUCUCUCUCUCUCUUUCUCUCUCUGUAAUCGCUGAAAAAGAAGACUAUAAAAUAAGCGUAUUUCUUUUUUCCCUUCUCUUUCUGCUUCUUCUGUUGGGAUCGCUACACCUGAAGAUCGGAUCGAGCGCUCCUGCACUCCCAACCCUAGACCUCCACUCUAUCCUAUGCGCAAAGGUCAAACGCGUACGUCCGUCGUACAUCCACCACUCGCCGCCGCCGCCGCCGACGGCGACGUCGUAGAUUUCUUCUUCUAACACUAUCGUUUCGUGUAUCUCUUCUUGUGCGACGUCGUCGUAGAUUUCUGCGCCUUAGUUUUUCAUCUUGCUUUUAGCGCUGCAGCAGAUGAUGAGUUGUAUGGAGAGAGACAAAGGUUGAUAACGUGAUUUACACUAGUUCUCAAAUAUUAACAGGGUUUGUACGUUCCGAUUGAUUCCGUGAAGUUUACAGGAAGAAAGAAAUGUCAUCGUCAAGCUCUCCGUGCGCGGCUUGCAAGUUGCAGCGGCGGAAGUGUACUCAGGAGUGUGUGUUUGCGCCUUAUUUCCCACCGGAUCAGCCGCAGAAAUUUGCUAAUAUCCACAAGGUGUUCGGCGCUAGUAAUGUCUCCAAACUGCUCAACGAACUGAAUGCUUCUCAGCGAGAAGAUGCCGUAAAUUCACUCGCUUACGAAGCGGAGUACCGGCUUCGAGAUCCUGUGUAUGGUUGCGUAGGGCUUAUUUCCAUUCUUCAACAGAGGCUUAAACAGGUUCAGCGCGAUUUGAACACUGCGAAGAGGGAAUUGGCGACAUACAUUGGUCCAAAUGCUCUCGCGCCUUUGAUUCCGCAGACGGGGUUUAUGCAGCACCCCAACCAUCCGUCUUCUUCCGGUGUAAUGCAGUAUAAUAUGCAGCCAAUGAUGAUGGGAGUUCCGAUGGGGCUACCUAAUAGUAAUCAGUUGAUAAUCCGGGACCAGCAAAUUCAUCAGUCUCACCCCCAGCAGCAACUGAUUGAGUCUCAUCAGUUAAUGAUUGGGGAGGCGGAUUUGAUCGGGAGUUACGAGCAGCAACACCAAAAUCCCCAGCAAUUCGAUCUGAUGAGGUUUAAUGGGUUUGAAUCCGGCGGGCCGGUUACCGCUACAGGGUUUCAUCAAAUCAAUGCUACGCCGGCGGCCGGUAUAUCACCGUCGUUGGGUUUGGGAGCUUACGACAAUCCUUAUCCAAUCCAGCAGCAGCCGUCCCAACAGGAGCAGCAGCAUUGUCAUCCUCACCACCAUCUCCACCACCCCGACCACCACGACCACCACAUUCAGCUUCAGCCCCAACUCUUACUCCAACAACAACAGCAACUCCCGCAGCAGCAGAUUCAACAUCAGCAACCCCCGCCUCAACCAGAGACCCCACAGCAACAACAACAGAGAGCCACAAGCGAUGAGGGUGGUCGGAGCGUUGGCCCGUUAUGCUAAUGUCUUGUCAAAGCUAUCAUCCCCUCCGUGCUUUAUUCUUUCCCGAAUCCCAGUCUAGCCAAUUAUGCCAUACACAAGCGUAAAGUAAAUGAGAGUGAAAUUGAUUGAACCGCAUGAUUCUGCUAUAUGGAGAAAAAAUUGUUUCUUGGGGAGCUACAUUUUGAAUGUAGGAGGUGCAUUGAUCUCGAAGUUAGUGAUACAUAUUUUGUUUACAUUCUAAAAGCUUGCUUCUAUAUGCCGUUAUCAUAGUAUAUACUUUUAUUCCAACCUUCAUUUUAGCUUCCCAAUAUAUUUUCCUAUCUUUAAUUUU